AUGGACCAAAGCUCCUCCUCGCCCUCUCCCUCCCCAAGCACACCCGACUCUUCUUCGAACCAAAUAGCCCUCAAAAGCAACCAAAUGCCAGUCCAAUACGUAUUCGUCAUCGUCGGCAUACUAGCCGUUGUAUUCCUAGGAUGGGUUGGGUAUCGAAUGGCCGAACCAGCGCGCCAAUUAUUCUUCCGGCCUAAAGUAACGACCACUAAACCGGUUGAAAUUGUGUACAACGAUUUGGAGCAUGAGCAGUUAGUGGUGGGAGUUGAUGUGGAGCAGUCGAGGCCGUCGACAAGCACGUUUCGGAAUGUGGGGCCGGAUUCCCCGGGAAUAGGAUCGGGCCGGAUGUGGGAUCUGUGGCGAGAAAUGCCGAGGACGGCGACGUUGGAGAGCGCGGCGACGGUGUACAUGGAUACCCCGCCAAGUUAUUCGACGCCGAAUCUGGCUGCGACGCGGUAG